GCCCCGCCGUGUUGUGCUUGUGUGCGCGGAGAGCAGAGGUCGCGGGGGAAUGAGGGCUCUGCUGCGCUUCUCGGCGUGGCGGGGCGUGAUGGGGCGGGCAGGCCGCGGGCUGCCUGCUUUGGCAGCCCUCUUCUAUGCGGCUCUGGCAGCCCUGGUACUGCUGGGAGUGCGGGACGUUCUGUUCCUCUACGAGGAGAACCGGUGCAGCAUGACCUACAUGUACGAGUACCCCGAGUACCUGAAAAUAAAAUUACCCAGAAAAACAGCCAGACGAUACCCAGUGUAUGAGCUCUAUCUCUAUGGGGAAGGGAACUACGCUGAAGAAAACAAAAAUCUCCUAUUGACAGGAAUUCCAGUUCUCUUUCUUCCUGGGAAUGCUGGCAGUUACAAACAAGUACGUUCUCUUGGCUCCAUUGCACUUAGAAAAGCAGAAGAUGUUGACUUCAAGUAUCAUUUUAAUUUCUUCAGUGUCAACUUUAACGAGGAGUUGGUCGCAUUGUAUGGUGGUAGUCUGCAAAGACAGACCAAGUUUGUUCAUGAAUGCAUAAAAGCAAUUCUGAAGUUGUACAAGGAUCAAGAAUUUCCACCAACUAGUGUUGCAAUAGUAGGUCAUUCCAUGGGUGGUCUUAUUGCAAGAGCGUUGCUGACUCUGAAGAAUUUUAAGCCUGAACUUAUAAACCUCCUCAUUACCCAAGCCACACCUCAUGUUGCACCUGUAAUGCCUUUAGACAAAUAUCUCACUGAUUUUUAUACAGCUGUAAACAAUCAUUGGAUUCUAAAGGCCCAAGAUUUAAGAAAUUUAACUACCUUUUCUGUGGCGGGAGGAUUCAGAGAUUACCAAGUUCGUUCAGGACUGGCUUUUCUACCAAGAUUGAGUCAACAUGACAGUGCCUUAUCUGUUGUGAGCUCCGCUGUGCCUAGAGCUUGGGCCUCAACAGACCAUCUCUCCAUAGUGUGGUGCAAAGAAUUGGUCCUGGCUAUCAUUAGAGCUCUUUUUGAUCUCAUAGAUGAGAACACAAGACAGAUAACCAAGGAUCCAAAUAAGAGAAUGUCUGUAUUGAAUCACCACUUUGUAAGACACCCUGCAAAGAUAUUUGAGGAAAAUCCUGAAGCUUUUACAGAACUCACAGGAACUUUCAUGUGGAUUACAGUCAAAGCAUCAAAAUGGACUUAUUCAGUUCACAAUGAUUCUGAUGGAAAAUAUUUCACAUUUCCUCUUUUAAGCCACAGAAAAUCAUACAGUCAUGUUCACUGUGAAAAAAGCAUGUUGGACACAAGUAGCUGGAUUUAUGGCUGUGUGAACAGUAGUUCAUCAAUGUGCCCAGAAGCUACCGAUUUAUCCUGGAGAGCUGAGUUACUUCCAACCACCAAGGUUGUAAUACUGAAACUUCAGGACUAUCCUUCUUUGUCUCACAUUGUCAUUCAGGUCCCACCCACAGCUGGCAAUAAGUAUACUUUGGACUGUGAAUUUUUCCGAGAGGAGUCCAGAACAGUACAGCUUCCUGUAACACAUCUCUUUUCAUUUGGGCUUUCUUCAAGCAAAAUUCUAUUAAAUUCAACUGGGUUACUUUACAAUGUACAGCUCCAGCACUUUAACCAAAUAUAUCAAGCUUUCAAAAUUUAUAUAGAGAGCCACUGCCAGUCACUUGAAGAAAGGAAACCUAGUGUUUACAGACUUCAUAUACCCUGGUCACAUGAAGACUCAAUAAUUGCAGCAAAAGUUCCAUCUUUUACUGAGAUUUCUGCAAAACUGCAUAUUGCUCAGCCUCAAAAUGACAGCAGGGUUCCAGAGUUAAAUAUUUACUCUUCUUCAGACUGUCAAUAUGAAGUAAUUCUGAAGACGUCACUUGUACAGAUUCUUGGGCAAAUGAUACGAUUCCAUGCUAGCGCUCUUCCUGUCUAUGUUGUUUCAAAUAUUCUUCUUACGUAUGGAGGACAAUUGAGCACAUUGAUAUCAAAAGGACAGUGUUCUGACUUUUCCCUUGAACUACUUAGGACAGCUAAACCUUACAAAGUUGAACCUCUUAUAAGCAUUGUUGUGUUUCUGCAGGGGUUUAACUGGUUUAGAGAGAUAUGGGAAUCACUGUCACUACCAGAAGUGGAUGCUGCUGUACUGAGUAGUCAGGAUACGUGGUUCCCCCUUGUGUCCCUGAUUUUGUUUCUUUUUGGGACAGGCAUUGCCUACUGGAGUGGAGUAAUUUUCUCUACAUCUCUGAGACUCUUCUCUUCAUUAUGGUCAACUCUGAUUAGGCCUACUGUACUUGAAAGAGAUAGCAAGUUGAUUACACCCAGAAGGCUCUGCGGGGUGUUGUCCCUUGCUUUGGUUAGCUGGACCACUUGCGGUGCAUUUGCUGUAUUCCUCAUUUAUCUUCAGUACUUGUUUAAGGUUAUAAAACUACAUGUGAAUGUAAGAGCAGAACAAAACAUGAUUAAUGGGAAUUCAGACUGCUCUCGGAAUUCCAGUAUACAUGCAGUCAAAAACCAGACUUUGAUGGACAGUACCUCAAAAGCUACACAAUCUCUUUCCAACAGUUCAACAAUUGCUGAAGCCAUUAAUAGUCUUAAGAUCCAUGUUACAAUUCUCUAUUUGUUUACAUGGAUUGUGCUGCUCAACUUGCCAUCUUUUAUUUAUUGGUUAAAAAAUCUCAGGUACAAUGUUAGACUUGAUCCUGAUCCAUGUAGAUCGACAGCUAUUGUCCUUGUAUGCAUUUUAGAAGUUCUCAUGAAUUCAAGCACUUCUGAAGUGAAAUCAAGUAAACUCUUGAAGAUCGCAGCCAAAGCUCCACUCCCCUUGUCUGUUGCAAUGCUGGCCUUUGGACGAAUGCAUUUAUACAAAGUACCACACUUUGUAACGUUUUGUUUCCUUCUACACGCCCUGUGUUGUAUUGUGUAACAUUCAUCCUACAUCGGAAUAACAGUGCAGCCCAGGAACUUAACGCUGGAGAUGGGGCAAAUUUCACCAAAGAAAUGCCUAGAUUAGUAUCAUCAGUAGUUUACACUACGUGGGAAAGAGGACAGAACUGUGACUACUUUAUCAAAAGUUGGUGGUUCUGUUCAUGUUGCUUAGAAAGUUUUUCACGGUGGUUUUUUUCCUGACUCUGAAAAUUGAGUUAACUGUGUGUGUGUGCAAGCACAUAAAUCAUAUUAAUGUAAAAUCUCAAUACUCUGUCUGCCUUGUAGACACUUUGAUAUUUCACUGUACUCCUUUGUUGAAACAGACUUUUUUUUACUCACUAUGCCAACAGUGCAUAUGUUUUGAACUCGCAUCUCUUGCAGGUCUAAAUUAUGUUGGUUAAAAGUCAACACAUUUCAAGAACACUGUGACUAUACCAAAAACUACACAGCCAAGAAUACUUUUAAUAAUUUUAUGCCAUGCUUAAAAGCUGCCACAAUUGUGUCCAGAAGAACUAGAAUGUACUGCUUAUAUAGAACUGUUAUUUCUAUCAAAUCAUCUGUUCAGUCGGUGCAAGUUGAACAUUUGUGAGAUUAUUGGAAAUCUUACACAUUUUACUUUUUGUGAGAGUGAGAAAACAACAAUAAUCUGUGUAGCUUUCUUUUCAGAAAGGAUACCAGCAGAUUCCAAAAUAAUUUGCUUUAAUGUUUUAAAACAUUGCCAAUUUUCUCUGGAAUUUUGUCGAUUCUCUGAUCACUCUUUGGACCUUGUCCACAGGUAGAAGGUAGCAAACACUGAGGUAUGGUGUGAGUUUACAGUGCAGUAGACAAGGCAGGUUUUUUUCCUAUUGCAAAUGGAGAAUCAGCUGUCUCAUAAUAAAUGUCCAUACGUGUAAUUAAUAUGGAAUAGUUACAGCACUAAAUUAAUGCCUUGCCAUACAAUGCUGACUUCCUCACAUGGACAAACUCUUAGCAAUAGUGUGAAAUACUGACCAUGAUUAUUAGCUCUGUAUAAACUAUUAUCUUAGUGCCUAGAUGCUACAGUGACUGCCAUUUAUAAUAAAGCCUAAAAAUAGCUAUGUGUAAGGAGUUCUGUCCCCCGAGUAUGUUUUGCCAACAGAAGAAAUCCCAGUAGCCAUUAGAUUAAAAUUAUGUAUUGAUCUUGUGUAGAGAGGAACCUACAAUUUGCUUCUGUGUUAACUAUCUCUGCUCUGUCCAAGAUACCCAUUAUCUUCAUAUGGAAAUACUAAACCAGCUCAGUCCAUAAAUAAGAAAUCUGCUACUCGUGCUCAAUCAAUUACAUUCUUGAUGUAGUAGUACAGCCAGCCUGACCCAUUAAUUUGAUCUUAUCUCAUUAAUCUUGCCUAAAGUGCCUCAGUUAGUCCUAGCAUGUUGUGAGGGUCAAUUCAUUUGUGCUGACAGGAAAAACUUAAUUCACACAGUGACUUUCCUAAAGGAUGAAUGUGAAACAGGCACCUGUUUUGUCUGCUUGUAUUCAAGGCAGCAGGUCAAGCUAUCAGUAAGUCAUUAAAACUGCUUUAACUGAGCAGGAUUAUUGUAGAUAACCAAACCACUGUCACUGUUAUCAGUAAUCUAUGUGCUAGUAUUCUAGUCUUAACCUUUUUUAAAAGAAAGUUAGAUUAUGCAUAGUGUUUGUAAAUCAGAAAAGUUAUUUGAAUAGAUUUUAUCUUGAUAGUUUCUAACUGAACGUGUGCUACAGUAUAUGUAUAUAAGGUCAUUUGUAUGUCUAAAUAUACCUGUAGCUAAAUCCACCAGUUGAUUUAACCUAAAAAUUGCUGUACAGGCAUAGAAGAGUAGAGAAGCUUUUCUGCUUUCAAGUAACUGUGGCAGAACUGUAUUGGGGUUUGUAAAAGGCUGUCUUUGAAAUAUGUAGGAUCUGAUUUCUGUAGAAGAUAAUUUUCCAUGAUCUUUGUGGUCCUUUUGGCUAGCUACUGUAUUUUACUUCUGAUUUUGUCUUGUUAUCUUGGGCUCUUGAUGUACAAACCUAUUUGUUGGAGCUGUUAGUGGAAUGAAAUGAUAAUCAGGAGAGAAAACAGUCUUUGUAUAUAGUAGCUUUGAUAGCUUCCAAAAUCUGCCACAAUAUGAAACUUACGAGUUCUAGCAGCAUAGAAUAACACCAAUUUUUAAAUUAUAUCUUUAAAGCUUGGAACUUGUGUUGAUAGUUGUUAUCACUGUUCAUGAAAUGGGUUACAGAAUCUUGCAUUGAUUCCUACUUGAUUUACAAGAUGGAGGUAGGAAUAGAUAUAAUCCCGAGUCUGAGAUCUCAGAUGACAGAAUUUAUCACAUCUUCCUCACUGCUGCUUUUUUUUCAGACAUGAUUUACCAUCCCUGUGGGAAGGAGGGAGAGUGUUACUGCUACUUUGCAUUUAUAUGCAUUCUGUGUCCCUUGCUAGAUGAAAACUGUCCUCAGAGAUGUGCAUCUGGAUUUUGCAGUGACUGGGAAUUGCCUAACUUCAGCUGUUUGAGUGGUAAAGUGUCUAAUCCCAACUAGGUUUUCUAUACAAUUGGUGGAAGUGAAUAGGGUUUGAAAAAAGUCCAGAGAACAAUUUAUUCCAUUCUAAGAGAGGAUGAAUGAUCCUACUUGCCAUUCUGAAAAGGACAAGAUUUUAUAACAUUCUAAAAUUGUUUUCCUGGUAAAAUGCAAUUAUAUUGUUUCUUGUUACUUUUGGAGAAGAGACUUCUGUAAUGUGAAUUUUCUCGUUCUGACACUAAUCAUAAUUAUAAUUUCAGCAGCAAACCCACCCUAAAGAUUUCUAAUUGUAUAUAUGAGGAGGUGUAAAUAUUACUGAAAUAUCCCUCUCUGUGAAUAGGUUGCAUUUAUAAAACAGCUUUUGGCAAAUAUAUUGUGACCAUAGUACCUUUGACUAAAUUAAAAUUCCAUCUUAUUCUUCAUAUUUUAGAUGAUCUACUCUGUGUGAGACAAGAUCAAGACACAAAUGAGCUUGUAAUAGAUUAGACCUCUGCUCUAGAAGGGAGGAUUUCUAUUAACAUGCAGACCUAUAGUAACAUACAUACCUAUAUUCUGUUGUUCUCUCCUUUCUCAGAACUUGAGGUAUUAAUUUUGCAAAACUACUGUUGUUCGUCCAUGUAGAUAUUCAACACGUUUAGAUGGAGAUUAUGCCACGUAGUCAAGCAUUUAGGUUGAGCAGCUAGAGUACCAAAUGUCACUAAUUUGAGGUACAGCAUGUAUGUAUAGCAAAGUCUUUCUUGGUGACCUGGUUUAGCAAGGAGCAGGUUUUGCUUGGUACUAGGAGGAGAGAGCUGCAGUGAGGACCCAGUAACGAGUUUUUGGACUCUCCCCUGGUUCCUGGCCCAAUCUGACGCCUCUGCCAUCACUAUUUAGGGACGGGAAUUUAAAGAGCUGGUAGGAGGUGUAAGAGUGAUACAAGAUGGAGGUGACCAUGCAGACCAGAGGAGGAAGAAAGGAGCAGCAAACCACAGACCCCUUUGCAAGCCAUGGUGAGAACACAGGCUGUACCCCUGCAACCCAGGGAGGGCCAUGGCAAGACUGAAAGCCACCAGCAGCUCUGUGUGAGUGUGAGGGACUGUGUGAGGAGGCAGCCAUGGCGCAGGCCGUGCUGGAGAGCCUGCGUGCUGCAGAGCAGACCCACACCAGAGGCAGAAAGGAGCUGCAGCCUUUGGGAUAAAUGCACGUCGGAGCAGCCCGUGCAGGGCUGCCGUGUGCCCGUGGGUGUGUGUGUGGGUGUGGGUGGUACCCCACGAACUUGCAGGGAGGACUGGCGCAGAGCCCACCUGCCCUGAGGAAAAAAGGGCAGAAGCCAUCAGGAAUAGACUGACUGAAACCCCCACUCCCUGCCCCCUGGGCCGUUCAGGAGGGAGGACAUAAAAACACCAGGAUCAGGACUCUGAGCCUGGGAAGAGGGGAGGAGUGGGAAGAAGAUCGUCUUAAAGGGCUGGUCGAACUCUUCAUUGUUAUACCACUCUGUGUUGUUUUAUUUUGGUUAUGUUUGGGGGUUUUAUGGUUAUGCUUUAGUUGGUGUUGCAUUAAAUUAUUUUCUGUUUUCUUCCCCAAGCCCAGUAGCCUGGUCUGUUUUGUCCUGAACCUUAAGCGGAAAUUAAGCUCUCCCUGCCCUUUGGCAAUCUUCAGGUCUUUGGUACUUGAGGCUAAUUAUGGUCUUUUGUUCCCUGAUGGGCCUAAACCAUGAGGCUUGAACAGCAGUUCUUAGGGAAAUCUCCUGAAUUACUCUUGAAGUCUGUAAUAUUUUCUGGUUUAUAUGAUCAAGUGUGUUCCUCAGUCUUAUCAUGCUGCAAUCACAGUAGCUUCACCCAUAACUAACAGUUCAUAAAAGGUCUACCUUUGUCUGGUAAGUAAAAACCAUUGCCUUUUAACUAGACAUACCAAAUGUACCUUGAAACCGAAGGAAUGAAUGUUGUCCUAAGGUGGUAUUUGGUCCAAAGUUGGCUGUGAUAUGUUUCAGCAUCCUGUUACAAGGAGGACUGGUUUUUGGGUUUUCGUUGAGGGCUUUUGUUUUUGUUUUGUUUUUUAAAAAAAGAAAAAAGCUAUAACUGCAAGUUAAGUUAAUAUUAUUUCUAAUAUUUAGAGUUCUUCUCGGCUUUUGGUUUUGAGUGAGCUAAUACAUGUAGCAAUUAGCAGAUUAGUACUUUGGAAUUAAGUUUUAAAAUAAAGGAAUAAGAAACAAACCUCCUAAACAUUUUAGUAGUAAUACAGCACAAAAGACACAGAGCCUGCCUAUAUGUUUAGGUGAUCUUUUCAACUGUAACCUAACUGGGCUUUCUUUAAUGCCAGUGUUUAAAAUAAUGAGAUGUAUUGAUACUUUAAAAACUUAGAAGGCAUUGUUGCAUACAUCAGUGUGUGUUAUGAAGUCUAAUUUUUCACGAGUUUGCCAAUAACAAGGUUAUAAACUUGUUACUUGACUUUGUUCUGAAAUCUGAUACAUUUGCUUUCAGGCUUUCACAAGAUAAAGUCAAUUAUCUGCCUGUGAAUAAAUGUUAAACAUUUGAGAAACUGAUCAAGUUUAUUCCAAACCAGUUUAGACAGUGGGUUUAUUUUUUAACGCAGUGUUUACCUCUUUGUUUUAUUUAUACUGAGACACCCAGCCAUUUACAGACCUUCAAUACUUCAAUACUUCAAUUACUGAAAAUGGUUUUGGAAGCGGUUAUAAUGUCUGUACAAUAAUCGUGCUGCUGUUUUAAGUCACUAAGCCACUAGAAAUUUGUCAGCUGUAAAACAGGCGAAGUUCUUACUGCUUAUUUUCCAUUCGGUGAUGAAUGUUAGUCACUUAAUUUGCAGUUUUUGACUUCUUAUAUCUCUUGUUUGUUUUCCCCAGGAGAUAAUCAAGGUAGCUUUUAUGAGCACUAGGCACUGUACUUGUAAAGGUUUUAAAACUUUCAUCACCUUUUCUUGGGGAAGCCAUACUUUUGUCAUCAAAGCUAUGUGCUGGUCUUGUAUAGCCCUGGAAGUGUGUGCCAAUGAAUGACAACUGAAAACAGAUUCAUUUUUAUGUUGAAGUAAAACAGUUUUUCUAACUUUUUUUGGAGACAGAACUUUUAAGUUAUUAUUCAUAAUAGCAUCCUUAAAAUCCCUAAAAGUUUCUUUUUAAGCCUUUUACUAAUACAUCUACUGAUGUAUAUUUGAAU